GUCCGAUUCACCAUGCGCUUAUACCCGUAAACUGACGUAUGAAAACCGAUAAGAACACCUGCAGCCAACCGGAAUGGAAGGUGAGAGUGCGACACCUAACGCCUCUCGCUUUAGCCCGAACGCCGAAGUAAGCCACAUGGAAACAGCCCCCAAACAAGCCGUUGAUCAACAUCUUUCAUGUAUAAACAGUCGUUGCCACAUCCUAUUCAAACCAUCAUCACAUCCCCGUCCUACUCACAACCAUGGUUCUCAGAAAAGUCGUUAUGCCGUCUUCCACACCCAAUCCCUCCUCCACCAUCUCACCCCCCUCAAAACAACCCCACGACUACCUCCCCGUCUCCAACCCAAUGCCUAGCUACUGGCUCCAGCAACCCCAUCCCUACGCCACCCUCCGCACAACACCUUCCCUCCCCACAACAUGCGACAUCGCCAUCAUCGGCUCCGGAAUGGCUGGCGUACUAACCGUCUACCACAUCCUCCAAAGUUGCCACAAACGCGCCCUCGCAACCGGUGAACCCAUGCCGCGCGUCGUCCUCCUCGACGCCCGCGACCUCUGCAGCGGCGCUACCGCACGGAAUGGUGGCCACGCUAAAGUCAAGACUGCAACGCUCGCUGGUAUGAAAGACGGGAGUACGCGAACGGCAUUGGCCAACUACGUUCAACGCGUGAUUUACGAAUUGAAAACGCUAGUCGAAGACGAGGGGUUAGCGCAGGAAUGCGAGUUUGAACUCCGCCGCAGUUUUGAUGUUUUUCAAGACAGGGAAGAGUUUGAAAGGGUGAAGAGGGUAUAUGAUGAUGCGGUGAAGAAGGGGGAAGGAUGGACGAAGGGAAGGAAUGUGAUAGAGGGGAAGUAUGUAGAGGGAGUGACUAGUAUAAAAGGGGCAGUUGGAGCGUUUACAUGUGAAGCAGCAAGUUUCUGGCCAUACAAGUUGGUCACGGGGGUGUUGGAGGUGUUGGUGAGGAGAUUUGGUGGUGGAGAAAAUGGAGGUGAGGAUGGGGUGUUGAACGUGCAGAUGAACACUCCAGUCACCCAUCUAUCCUCCUCUCCUACAUCCUCACAAACAACAACAACAACAACCCUACACACACCCCGCGGCCCCCUCACAACCUCAUCCCUCAUCCACGCCACAAACGCCUACACCCCCUCCCUCCUCCCCUGUUUCACCAACACCAUAACCCCCUACAAAGGAAUGAACAGCCACCACACGCCCUCUUACCGCAUCAACCCGCACCUCACGCAGACCUACAACAUCGCCUUCGCGCCCUCCUCCCCUGGCCACGCCACCGGUACAGACUAUCUAAACCCCCGCCCCGACGGUACCAUAGUCGUAGGCGGCGGUUCCUGGUUCUUCGCCCACAACAAAGCCUUGUGGUACAACACCGUCGACGACUCCAUUUCCUCGGGUCAUUUCCCUGCAUCCGUCUACAGCCACUGGACCAACUACAUGGCAGACAAUUUCCUCGGGUGGGAGGAAAGUAAAGCGCAGCCUGAUUGCAUCUGGACGGGCAUUCAAGCGAUGACGCCGGAUGGAAUGCCGCAUGUAGGCCGUGUUCCUGGGGCGGAUGGCCAGUGGAUGUUGUGUGGGUUUAACGGAGGGGGUAUGGCAAUUAUACCUGUUGUGGCAAAGGCGGUGGCGAAGAUGGUGGUGGAGGGGAAGGGGUUUGAGGAUGUGAAGGGGGAGUUUGGGCUGUUGGAGGGGUUUAAGACCGGGGAGGAGAGGAUGUUGUAAUGGUCCUAGUUGCAUCUCAGAUCGAUCAAUCCCUCUGCACGUUCAACAGGUGCAUGGAUGAUCCUUGAGUGAUGGUAGUUUUCGUCGCGAGAAGCGCGUUCUAUGGGUUGGGUCUAAUUACAAUGUACGUACGGGAUUAAAUCUAUAGGUAUGUAUAUACAAUCUGAGAAAGAAGCUUAUUUACUUAACGGUAGGGUAUCUACCGUAAUGGAUUGAUUUAAGGAGAUCGUCACCGGUUGCAGAAGACGUAGUAAUGAGUGGGUAAAUCCCGGAUCCUUUCGCGACCGAUCGUCUUUUUGCGAACGGUGCCAUGCUAAGGGAUCUCCGACGGAUACGAGUCUUGACUAACUAAUCAUCCCUAAGAAGCGAAUUGUGAAAGAGGAGAGAUGGGCUCCUCUCGAUGCCAACA